GAUUUUUGGUGAACAUGAACAGGAUAUCGGGUAAAGCGAAAGAUGCCACUCUGUUGGAGAUGACAAACACCGCCGACGCUCAUACAGAAGAUGGUUUUGCAGUGUUGACAGGUUACAGGAAGACGCUUCUAUCAGACAGUAACGGAAGUCUGCUUUCUGCCUCCGACAGAGAUUCACAACUGCCGGGCCAUCAGGAGACUAAGAAACUGAAGAAGAGUAAGGACUCCGUAUAUUUCAGAGAUGACGUGCGUCGCAUCGAUUUUGUCCUGUCCUACAUGGACGACAAAGAGGGAGACAAGAAAACGGACAGAAGAAGAGAGUUUGAAGCCAAUCUUGAGAAGGCAGGUCUGGAGCUGGAGACAGAGGAUAAAUCGGAGUCAGACGACAGUAAGACAUACUUCCUGAAGAUCCACGCACCAUGGGAAGUCCUGGCCACUUAUGCUGAGGUGCUGAAGAUUAAGGUGCCGUUCAAGGCGGCAGACAUCCCGAAAUCACGAGAGAUCCCACUGGGUUGGGUCUUGCGACCAUUUUGCCUGCCCAAGCACAUCAUGAAGCCUGAGCCUGAUUACUAUACUGCACCCUUCAACAAAAACAAAGUGGAUUUCUUUCAUAUCGAGAACAGGGAGACUUUCUUUCCACCUUCUACUCGCAACAGAAUCGUGUACUACAUUCUUACUCGUUGUCCAUACUACAAGCAGGAUCAUAUAGACAAGGAGAAGACAGGAAUUAAAAGACUCCUGAACAACGGAACCUACACCUCUGCCUACCCCCUCCACGAUUGCCGCUAUUGGAAGAAAACAAGCGAUGGCCAGUGUGAGAGGUUUUGCCUCUAUAAUUACUGGGCUAGCUUCAGCAGCUUUUAUAAAGAGCAACCGCUUAAUCUGAUCAGGAAAUACUAUGGUGAGAAGAUCAGUAUCUACUUUGCUUGGCUGGGUUUCUACACAGAGAUGCUCUUCUUUGCUGCUGUUAUGGGUGUCAUCUGCUUUGUCUAUGGUCUGUCCAGCUAUGAUUAUAACAUUACAAGUCAAGAGAUCUGUGACCCCGAAAUUGGCGGAAAGAUAGUCAUGUGUCCUCUUUGUGAUAAGAAGUGCUCCUACUGGAAACUUAACUCAACCUGUCUAUCAUCCUGGCAAGCUCAUCUGUUUGACAACGAGGGGACGGUGUUCUUUGCCAUCUUUAUGGGAAUUUGGGUGACCUUGUUUCUGGAGUUGUGGAAGCGGAGACAGGCAAGACUGGAAUACGAGUGGGACCUGGUGGAUUUUGAAGAGGAGCAGCAGCAGCUUCAGAUCAGACCGGAGUUUGAAUUGAAGUGCACAAACCGCCGUCCCAACCGUGUCACACAGGAAUUGGAGCCGUAUCUGCCAGUAUCCAGCAAAUGCGCUCGCUUCUGUUUCUCUGCAGCUACUGUGUUGUUCUGGACGUUUAUGAUUGUGGCCUGUGUCAUCGGAGUGAUAGCCUACAGGUUGGCAGUGUACGCAGCCUUUGCCAGCGUUGUGAAUGAGAGCCUGACCAGCAAGAUUCAAGUCGUGGGGUCUCUGAUCACCCCACAGUUAGCCACCUCAGUCACAGCAUCCUGCAUCAACUUCGUUAUCAUCCUCAUCCUCAAUUUACUCUAUGAGCAAGUGGCUAUCUGGAUCACUGAUAUGGAAAUCCCUAAGACCCAUUUGGAGUACGAGAACAAGCUGACACUGAAGAUGUUCAUGUUUCAGUUCGUGAAUUACUACUCCUCCUGCUUCUAUGUAGCUUUCUUUAAAGGCAAGUUUGUAGGUUACCCAGGCAACUACACCUACAUGUUUGGGAAAUGGACUAAACUGAGGAACGAGGAGUGUGCACCAGGAGGCUGUUUGAUAGAGCUCACCACUCAGCUAGUAAUUGUUAUGACUGGGAAGCAACUGGUGGGAAAUAUCCAAGAGGCGCUACUACCGUUACUAAAGAACUGGUGGGUCAGAAGGAAAGGUCGAAGCCACCCGGAGUUUCAAUACAGCCGCUGGGAGCAGGACCAUGACUUACAAAGCUUCGGCCAGUUUGGUCUCUUCUAUGAGUACCUGGAGAUGGUAAUCCAGUUUGGCUUCAUCACGUUGUUUGUGGCCUCGUUUCCUCUGGCUCCGCUCCUCGCUCUCUUUAAUAACAUCCUGGAGGUUCGGGUGGACGCUUGGAAGUUCACCACACAGUUCCGCAGACCUGUGGCAGCCAAGGCGCGGAAUAUUGGAGCCUGGCAGGAGAUCCUGAACGUAGUGGCUGUCUUAUCCGUCGUCACAAAUGCCUUUAUCAUGGCAUUUACCUCUGAUAUGAUACCUCGUCUGGCCUACCUGUAUGCCUACCACCCUGGUGAUGAGGCCACUAUGAAAGGCUACAUAAACAACAGCCUUUCUAUGUAUAGUAUCUCCGAAAUGCUCCCAGACAACAUACCAGAGGAUAAGGAGAACCCCUCCUGGUUUAACAAAACACUCAUCACAACAUGCAGAUAUCGAGAUUACCGCUAUCCACCAGGCCAUCAGAAGGAGUAUACUCACACCAUGCAGUUCUGGCAUAUUCUUGCAGCCAAGAUGGCCUUUAUCAUUAUUAUGGAGCAUGUGGUGUUUGUGGUGAAGUUCUUCGUGGCCUGGCUGAUCCCCGACGUGCCGUCAGAAGUUAAGGCUCGGAUAAAGCAUGAGCGCUACCUGGUGCAGGAGUACCUGCACGACUAUGACGUGAAAAAACUCAAGCUGAUGCUGAGCCAGAGCUUCUGUACCAACACGGAGAUGAGCUCCCUGCUGCACUCCAGCCGGGACAACAUUGAGGUGCUGUCGGAGUGUAUCUAACUGAAGAGCCUGAAGAAAUGUUAAUCAGAAUAGCUGGAGUAUUAAUAACACCGGAUUACUUGAUUGUCCUGCAUGAUAAUGGAAGACCUAAGCUGCAUCCUGCCUUAUCUGUCGUGGGAUUCCUUUAACCGCACUGUGUGGCUAUACUGAGAUCCUGUGGACCACUGUGCAUCACCCUCAUCUUCAGUCCACUUGUCUUACUCUCAGCAUGCAGUUCCAUUGUUAUUUGUGACUGGCGUUUGGACGAUGAAUAACUGAGUAACUCAUUUCGGCAUUAUUUUACAGUUUGGACCAGCGGCCUGUAAAAGCAAAUUGUGAAUAUUUAAGUAGGUUUAUGUGAAAUUACUUUUUAUAAUAACAGUUUCAGUUUUUUGGAAAACGUGAUGGCUAAGUUGUGGCCUUGUACUGGUUUAUUUAUCUUGUUCGUUUAUUGAACUGGUUCUAAACAGGAAUGUAAACGGAUUUCUGCCUGACUAUCAACUACAGUUCAGCAUUUUUUGUUUUAUAUGUGAGAGAGAUUUGUCUUUGUCAGGACAAUGAGAACAUCACACUAAAUAUGACAAUUUUAAUAUGUGUCCCUAGUCUGAACAGCCAGAUUCGAAAAAAUCUUAUUUCAAAUUAAUCAAAACUAAUAUUUUUAUUAUACUUUUUCACACGUGGGAAUUUGCUUCAAUUUUGCUGUGUGGAGUUUGCAUGUUCUCCCAGUAUCCAUGUGGGUUUCCUCUGGGUGCUUUGGUUUCAUCCCACAAGUCUAAAGACAUGUAAUCAGGUAAACUAGAGGUGUCCAAGGUGUUUCCUGUCAUUUGCCCAAUGUAUCAGACGCACCGUGACAGUAUAAAGCACUGGUAAACAGGCAAUAAAUGAAUAAAAUUACCCCCUACAACACUCAGUGGUAGCUUAGUGGUUCAUAUAAUGGACUGCUAAUCAAAAGGUUGCUGGUUCAGGUGAUACCCCUGAGCAAGGCCCUUAACCAUCAAUUGCUCGUCACAAUGGUAAAUCAUCUGCUAAAUGCUGUACAUGUAAAUGUGCAAACUGUGCAAACUAAAAUAAUAUUCAAUAUCCCACAUUACAAUGAUCUACAUCAAAUUCCACAUUAGGGACACAGUUUUAUUUUUUUAUUUUAUUUUUACUUUACAGUGAAAAAAUCCGUCCAGACCUGCCAGUUAUUAUACGUUUCCUCACAUUAUUGUUAUUCUGUAUUGUACAGUAUAACAUGUUGCUAGUUUUCUAUCCACACCAUUCAAAAAUAAAUAAUGUACCAUUGAUGGAUCCAUAUUAUAUAAAUUAAAUUAGUGACUGAAGGUAGUAGACAAUUUUCCUAGUUUUAAUCAUGCACCCUUUUUACACUUGUUUUUUUUUUGUAUAUGUUACAUUUCAGAUAGUGUUUAUCUGUAGAUACGUAAAUCUAAAUGUAAAGACCCAUGCCACUUUAGAAGGUGGUCUGAGUUGUUUUAGCAUAUUAGACCGCUGCACCACCCUUGCGUCCUAUUUAACGGCAUUAAAGCUGCAAAAUUAAAAGGGACCCUUAUUUAUUUUGGUCUGGGUUUUAGCCAGACUCGACAGUGUGACUUCAUUAAAGUGAAAUGUUCUUUCAUAUUGCACUGCACUACUGUGUGUUUAAUCGCUGGCUGAAGUAUGAAUGGGAUACUGUGUAAUUAUAAAAUGUUUAAAUUGUUUUCCAACUUGUUUCUGUGUUCUGCAUUUUCUAGUAAGCCUUAAGAAGUUUUAAAUGGUAGCGAGUUAUCACAAACGACUUCCUGCUCUCUUCACUGAGGCACUUCAAACAAUAAUUUAUAAAAUCUCUGUAGUGCAGUAUUAAUUAAUAUUAAAUCAUUAAGCUAAGCUAAGGUAAGAUAAGUGAUUAUGGCUAUUAUAUGUCUGGUUAUGCUGCUUGUUUUUUAAUUUUUUUUAUUGUGUAGUUUAGUGUACUUCAACUAGUUAGUGGUGAAGUGCUCUAAAACAAAUCCUGUAUUACUCUAUCUGGUUACGUACUGCUCUACCUAAUGUUUUGAAGCCAUUUGGAAUUUGGUCUCUAAAUAAAAUAAAGUAUAAAUAAUCAUAGAAAUAAUACAGUUACUCAGCAGAAACACCAGAUAGAGAUCUAUUUGCAUUUCUUGAGGUGGUGUGUAGUAAAACAUGUUUGUUUCUAUGUUCCAUUUAUGUGCUUAGCAAUUUAAACGUUAGUCUCUGCUGUGAUUUUGGGAAAGACUUUGUAAACACUAUGAUCUCUGUUUAGUUUGUAAUACUAGUACAGGUCAAAUACAGAUAUUCAGUCUUUUUACCUCACUCCUGUUAACUCGAUGUAUGUUGCUGUUAUGCACAAAUCUGUAAUUGUUUAAGUGUUUUUUACAAUCAUAUUCAUCUGAUUAUUUUUGAAUGUUUGAGCUUUUCUUUCUUUUGUACUGUUGCUGAAUGGUUGCCUAUAGAUAGCUUUAAAAUAGAUAGCUUAAAAAGCAACUUAAUCAUUUUAUUUCAUAAACUAUUAAGUACAGAUAUGCCUGUUACAUGCUAAUGUUGAAUGGACUUUGUGGUAAGCUUAGUAGACAUGUAAGCUUACUCUGUAGGUGAAAAUGUUUACCUCAGGCAGGCUGAAUGAUGAGUACGAUGUCUGUUUUUGAUUUUGUAUUUAUCUCUGAAAAACUGGGACCAGAGUGUUCGCAUGUACCCUGAAGCGUUGUUUAUUCUUGUGAUGUGCGGCUAGCUGGUAGUUCAUUUUAAUGGGAAAUUUUCUCAUUCGCCCCGUAAUGUUUACCAUUUUACUUUGUUCCUACUGCUUGAGUUGCAUGUUUUUGUUCAAACAAAUGUGUCUUUUUUUUUUUCUUUAUCGUAAGAAACUUUUGAUUUGCAUUCCAAUGGAAAUCUGCAGAAAUGAAGAACUUUGGAAAUAAAAAGUUGAUAAUCAGA